UUCUCUUGAGUGUCCCUUCAGGAAUCCCAGCAGGUCUGUAAUAGUUUUCUUGAGGAUACGUACACUCGAGGGUCGGACGGGAACGUCGGUCGUCGGGCACAUAUCGGACGCACGAGGUCAAACGAGCCGUGCGAUGUCGAGAAGAGCUAGCGGCCGCUGAAGAGACAAGCGAGGCAGCUUCACUAAUGUUGGACGAACGAAUGGAAAAGCGGGGCCACAGCUGCGAGCCUGCAUUGUGUGUGUGCCUACGAGUAUGCAUCUCGCGCCUGUGUUGGCCCUCGAUCGCGUUCGAAGCGCACUCACAAAAAGCUCGCAGCAAUAACGCUCCGAACCGACAAGUGUUUCCCUCAAUGCCGACCCUGGCGGGCGGGGGCGUAAUAAUGGCGGGAUCUGUAUUGGGGGCCGCACGUUGCCAGUCGCGUUUCCGUCGCUGCUCGGCUUCCCUCGGGACCCUGCCGGGAAGCCUCACUCACAGGCGGUCUUGGAGCGCGUCGGGUGACAGCUGCCCUCCGUCCAUGGAGUCCCCGCUGGGUUUCACCCGAGCCCGUCAUGUCAAGUGUGCCAGCGGCCCCGUCGGUCUGACCCUUCAGCCCGAGGAUCCGGGUCCGUCGGCUCCACGUGGAGCGGGCCAGUCGAGGUCUCCUGCGUCCGACCCGGGCGGGGGACGCGCGACCAUGGGACCCUCCGCACCCGAAGCCCGCCAGUCGGCGACCAGCCUGGCCAGCAGCGCGAGCAGCGCCAGCAGCAACGACAGCAGCGGGGCCCGGGACGAGGGCCGCCUCGGGGGCGGCGCGUCGGCCUCGACGGGGGCCAUGGUGCAGCGCGAGGACAUCCUCGUGCUCACGCACGACGUGCGCGCCUUCAAGGAGGCCCUGGGGAGGCUCAGGAAGGCCUUCGCGCCGGAGGCACACGAGAAGCAGCGUCGCGAGACGCGACUGGUGGCGGCGCACGAGAGGCUGGGCCAGGUGCUCCGCAUCCUCCGCUCCAUCCUGGAGAAGUACCCGCCCAUCCAGUCGGCCGAGCUGCUGGUCGCCGCCUCGGCGCUCAUCCAGCGGGUCAAGGGCCACGACUACGGGCCCGGGGGAUCGUCCUCGUCGCAGGCCUGCUUCGAGGCCGUCGACCACCUCGCCCUGGCGUUCAGCAGCAGGGUGUCCGAGUACCUGAUGGGAGACCUGGACACGGGCUCCACGAGUGCCAUCGGCAAGGCGCGGAGCUGCGAGAACCUCCUGUCACCGGAUAAGCAGGCGCCGACGUCACGGUCCUACGCGUCUCCAAUGACGCUGACGGGCCCGGAGGCGGACGCCAAGCUGAUGCGGAUCGACGAUGGCGUAGAAUUCGCUCUGCGACGCGCCAAGAUCUGGUCCAAGUACGCCAAGGAUGUCAUCAGCUACGUCGAAAAGCGCGCUAACCUCGAGGCCGAGCACGCCCGAAACCUGCUCAAGCUGGCGCAGACCAUGCGACCUGCCCUUAAGGAAGAGAGCUUCCUGCCGUUCCAGUCCAUCUACUGCACGGCCAUCGACCAGGACCUGGACAACGCCAACAACUGCCUCUCCAACUGUACCCUGCUGCACGACCACAAGUUCGUCGAGCCUCUGUCGGCCAGGAGGAACGAGCACGAAAAGGCGCGUAAGCAGCUCAAGGAAGCCUGGCAGCGAGAACUUAAGCGAAUGCAAGAGCUGGAGGCCAACGUGCGCAAGGCCCGCGCGCUGUACGUGCAGCGACACCAGGAGCACGACAAGGCCGCCCAGCGGGCCGACGGCGACGAGCGCCGGCGUCGCGUCGAAGAGGAGGCCCUGCAGAAGGCGCGCGAGGCCGAGACCACCUACAAGGCCUGCGUCGUCGAGGCCAACGAGCGCAUCGUCGCGCUAGAGAGGACCAAGGCGGAGGUUCUGCAGCAGGUUCGCGAGCUCAUGUGCCAGUGCGACCAGACCAUGAAGGCCGUGACCGUGGCCUACUUCCAACUACAGCACACCGUCACCGCUCCUGCGCCCAUUCAGUUUCAGACACUGUGCGAGAGUAGCCGCCUGUACGAACCGGGUUCGCAGUACCUGGAGUUCGUACGCCGGAUCCCAUCAGGACGGCACCCCGCCGAACUCAAGCUGCUCGCAUUCCAGCCAUGUGCCGGAGACACGAGGACCGAGUCCCGCAAAGUACACGAAGCCGAACUAGAGACGCUGGACCAGGCAGCGCUCGAAGCCAGGCUAUCUUCCGAAGCUGCCGCAUCGCGCCCGGCGGGCUGGGCCGGGGCCAGCGACUCGGAUGGCAGCAACCGUUCGGGGGACACGAGUCCCGCUGCGAGCCCGCAGGCGAUGGCGCGGACCAUGCUGCUGACCGUCUCUUCCGGCGACGAGCUGGACACCGACCACGACAACGAGCGGGGCGCGGGCCGACCCAUGUGCCUGUCCCUGGCCGCCGAGACGCACUCCUUCCGAAAGCUGCGCACGCCGUCCCGCUGCCGAGAAUGCGACUCCUACGUCUACUUCCAAGGGGUCGAGUGCUCGGAGUGCGGCCUGUCCUCGCACAAGAAGUGCCUGGAGACGCUGGCCAUCCGGUGCGGCCACAAGCGGCUGCCGCGCAAGAUGACCACCUUCGGCGUGGAGCUGGGCGGCCAGCCCGCCGACGAGGUGCCCUACAUCGUGCGCCGCUGCAUCGCCGAGAUGGACGCCCGCGGCUACGGCGUGCGGGGCCUCUACCGCGUCUCGGGCGUCAAGUCCAAGGUGGAGCGCCUGUGCCAGUGCUUCGAGAACGGCGCCACCCUGGUCGACCUGAGCGACUCGCCGCCGCACGUGGUGGCCAACGUGCUCAAGCUGUACCUGCGGCAGCUGCCCGAGCCGCUGCUCACGUACCGCCUCUACCCGCACUUCAUCGCGCUGGCCAAGGAGCACCCCGGUGGCACCGGCGUCGCCCACCACCACCACUCGGAAGAGGACGAGGACGAGCUGGGAGAGGAUGAAAACAGGGACGGCGAUCACCGUCACGACGAGGAAGAGGAAGAGGCCGUGGUGGCGGCGCUGCGGUCGCUGGUGGCGCAACUGCCGCCGCUGCACGCGCGCACCCUGGCGGCGCUGCUGCGCCACCUGGCGCGGGUCGCGGCGCAUUCACAUCUGAACCAGAUGCCUGCCGGAAACCUCGCCAUUGUGUUCGGCCCCACGCUCUUACGCACCAGUGAGGGCAGCGCCUCGCUGAGCUCUCUAGUGGACACUGUGCACCAGACGCGUGUCAUCGAGCUGCUCAUCAUGUACGUGGACCGCAUCUUCCCGGACGAGGCGCCACGCCACGAACAGGUGGCGGAGGAACACUACACCCUGCUCGAGGCCGUCACGCUCAGGCGGUGCGCGUCGGAGGGGGACGUCGAAUCUCCGCUGCACGACGAAGCCACGACCCAGAGCCAGGACAGUGACGACGCGGCCGAACCAGUCGUGCUCGCCAGCCAGCUGACAGGUGGCGCAGUGCACCAGUGGUGCGGCGGUGGUGGCUCCGAGGACGCCGAAUCCGAGGCCAGCGACGAGGGCAGCGGGCUGCGCCAACAGCCGCUGGCCAACAGCGGCAGCAGCAGCAGCGGCGGCGUGGAGAGGCUCGGCGCGCCUUCCAGCGCCUCCGAGGACGCCGCCGAGCCGGCGCCCGUGCCUCCCCCUCGUAGGGCCGCGGCCCGCAGGGUGGAGGCGCGGAGUUGCACGCGAGACACCUGGAGUACGACCACCUGCGCCUCCUCCUCCUCUUCGGAACAGAGUGCCCAGUCAAAGGCUUGCAACAUGGCCGAACUCAGGCGGCAGUUCUUUGAGGCGCCGUGGGGGGCCGCCAGCCUCGAGGAGCUCGCAGCAGCGGGCGCACGACCCUCGCUGCUCGCGCGCCACUUGUUGGCGACGCCCGCUCGCACCUCAAGCGAACCACAGCUACCGGCGAACGACGAGAGUGGCGGAGCUGGGUUUUCCUCGAGCAGUGCGCCUCGGCAGACGACGAACCCGCACAUCGCCGAAGCUCGCCGCAGAAUGCACAGCCCGCUGCGCGAGAGCGUCUCCCUCAAGAAACACUGGUUCAGCACCGACGAAGCCAGCAGCAGCAGCAGCAGUUGCGGCGUUGGAGGAGGAGGAGGAGGCGACGCGGGCGCCGCCGCUGCAGUCACGCAGCCAAUCGCCAGUCAGCAGCCCGGCUCACCAAGGCACGAGUGAGAUGGCGCCACCUGCUGCUCCAUGCUGCGCGAACGUGCAUAGUGUCGUUUCGUGGAACUGACGCCGUUCAGGCAACGGCCCAGACGUUCGUCGCCCACCAACCAAAUGGACACUCGUCGAAAGAUCGCUCCGGGUCGCACGACUCAACAAAGGACGACACCAAACGCUGGUGGCACAUACCCAGGUCGUGGGUUCGAUUUGUAAUGUCUGCGCGGCGAGGAGCUUAUAGGAAACGGGGUAAAAAACAGUCGUGCGCAGAAAUUUCAGCAUGGACCAAAGUAGCCUAAGUGAUUGCUGCAUAUAUCUCGCUGUUGCUCCUUAUCUGUCCGGAGCCGUAACCACGCAUAUCAUUGUUGGAGGGAAUCGUGGAAGCCGUCGUUGCGUCGGCCACGGGCACGACCUGCCUGCGACACUGGGACCUCCGCCUGGCUGUACGGGCCUGCCCGGUUGUGAGCGCUUUCCGGUGCGGAUAAUCGUCGAGGUUCAGUUUCUUUGGUGGAAUUGAGUUACGUUCGAAUCGCGCUACUUACGUGUGUCUGUUUGGUGUGUGUGCGUGCUUGUAUAUGUGGAUGCACACGUGUCCGUGUAAAAGGGAGAAGGCGGGGAUUUCGCGUGUACAAAAGCAAUAUUUUGAUCAAAAAUUUUGGGCAAAGCGUGCUUUUGGUAAGCAGCUUGACCCCGCCGUCCACCCGAAUGUUACAGAGAGCAUGUUAAAAGGACAGCGCUGGUGUAUGGCCGUCGAAGUAUGCGCUUUUAUAUGCGCUAAGACUGCCUGCCAAUCGUUACGGCCUGGUACAAAAAAAAAACUAUAUACAAAGCGUUGAUGAGCGGGCCGAGUCUACGUAGUUCGUGAAAAUCAGAGCUUCUCCGAGGCAGGGCUGAGAUGCAAGGACUGGAAAAUUCUGAUGCUUGCUUGUGUAACGUGCACUCAGGUUUAACUAUAGAGAGAGUGCGGUGAAAAUGAGAUGCGAAUUGUUCAGUGGGCAACCAUAUGGCCUUGCAAGUGCAACUUUUUUUCGUCUCGGCCGAACAUCCUUUAACUGCAGUGGACUGUAAGUGAAGACCUCACAAACAUUAACCUCCUUCUCCAUAUUUUCUGCUCGUUCGGAAUAUGCCCUGUCCUUCACAUGGGAGCAAGAAACUAGUUCAGGCACUUUAUGUAAGAACGCUGAAAGUACACACUGUAUAUAUAUUUCCAGCGCACCUUUUAUGGCACCAAUACCCACACCUAGCUGAAGUGGCCGAUCGGGUUUGAGUAGGUUCUGUUUCAAGGCUUACACGUUUAGACUGGGAUGUACAGAUUGCAUAGUGUCCAUGUGUCUCUAUGAACAGAUUGGAGAAGUCGUCUCUCAAUGAUUUGACCGCCCCAUCUGCAAUGUCACCAUGAUAAAUCUGUUUAUCCUACAGUCCCUUGCAGCUCCUUCAGCUUCAAACCCCUUCUAAACAUAUCACGUGUAACCCAAUAACGGCAAGAUGCGUGACGCAGAUGAUUAUGUUUGUUCACCGCACGGGUAAUCUCAGAAUGUUUGACACCGGUGUCACACGUACACUUCUGAUAGCGCUCGGGGCGGAUGCGGAUUGGAUUUCUUGAUCGCGACUGACAACGGUCGCUGCUACUCGGUCCAACGAUCCGGAUCGAGUUAUUAUCGCCUUCUGGUCGUCGGCAACUCUCAGAACUGCUAAUGUAUUGGCUACAAAUUCAGAUUUGCAAAAUUUCACUAUAUUUGGACAAUAUUUCAAUUUUACAGCUUACUAUUGGUGAUAAAAAUGUUUUUAAAUGUUCUUAAGUAUAUAUUAAGCUUUUAUUGAGCUUCCUUCACUUACUGGUUUUAGCGUUUUCAGAAUACUGCGCUGGAGGGUGCAUACAUCAACCUGCGAUCGCGAUCAAGAGGCCUUAUCGUGAUUCACGGAUCGCGAUUGUCCGGAUCCGGAUUCCGCAAGGUCGCGAUCGCAAAUGACCGUGUAGCAACACUCGAUCCGGGUCAAGCCCUAUCCGGAUCGGCCCCGAUCAUGAUAAGAAGUUUACGUGUGACAGCGGUAUUAUGCAACGAUAUGUCUGUACCGGAUGACUGAAUACUCUGAUUGUUCAGUAUUCGGC